AUGUCUGAAAACCACACCGGCCAAAGGAAACCAUCAACCAACAGGAACAUCAAGAAGCUCCGCACUGUUAGCAUGGUGUGCAGCUUGGCGGGCAGCUGGCAGCAGUGGGUGACGGAGAACGAACACAAGCAGGCCAGUGAACCCAGCGGCUGGGCUCCAACUUGGCUGGGAGGUCCAGCCGAGGAGCAAACAAAGACGCCGGUCCCAAAGAAGCCUCCUCCCGCUCAGAUUCAGCCAACAGAAGCUUCUCAAAAGCAUGUAGUCAGUUCUGGAGAAACUGGAAAGACCGUAGCGCCUCGCAAGGAGACCAAAGAUGCAUCCAAGACUGAGGAGGCCAAGACCUCAGUUGAGCCACCGUCUCACAUCAAGGUAAAGGAAGUGGUGAAGACGGUGACCAGCGGGGCUCAGGAGAGAAGUGCUGGCAUUGGGCUCCUGACCGAAAGUUUAAAAAAGGAGUCUCUGCCAUCGGGUGAGGAGAUCGACAGGCUCCUGAAGAAGAAAAGCUCACCCACGCUCCGCAGAAAGUGCUCCAACAUGGUAUCAUCUCUGACCAAAAGCUGGAGACAGGUGGAGAAGGAGCAGAAGCUUGGAAAGGAGGGAGAAGGAGCAGGAGAGGGACACACCUGUAGUGGUGAUGUAGACCGCAGUGGAAAUCCUGAGGCAAAGGAGGAGAGACUGGACAUCGAGGAUGAUGAAAGGCACUUGACAAGCUCUUUGAAAGAAGCAGAGCAGAACAACUCUGAAGGAGACGAGGAGUCAGCAUUGAGGAUUAAAAGACCCCUGGUCCCCACGUACAGAAAGGAAGCCGGGGAUGCCAUCAAGAUCAACGCCCUCUCCAAGAAAUACAGCGCUGUGGGAAACCUCAAGAGCCGCUGGCAGAGCUGGGCCUCAGAGCACACCGUAAACCAGAAACUGAACCCCUUCAGCGAAUACUUCGACCACGAUUACUCCAUGUCCCUCCGCCUCCAAAAGGGCGAGGAGGGUUACGGACGCCCCAAGGAGGGCACCAAAACGGCAGAGAGGGCCAAACGUGCCGAGCAACACAUCCACCGCGAGAUAGCCGACAUGUGCUACGUGAUCAGGAUUAUGGCCGAUCCGGGCUUGGACGGAAAGACCCGCGUCACGUUUGGACAGCUGUUUGACAGAUAUGUGCGGAUCUCCGAUAAGGUGGUGGGCAUUCUGAUGAGGGCCAGGAAACACGGGAAAGUGGCGUUUGAAGGGGAGAUGCUGUGGCAAGGCCAGGAUGACGGAGUGAUCAUUACUCUGCUGGUGUGA